UUUUGGGGAGGUUUCAAGUUUGAACGCUUCACCAGGCAUCACAUUUAUCCUGCCUAGUUGUUUAUUUUACAGAUAUAUAUGAUAAGGCCAUUUAAAUGAGACCAAAUGGAUCUCACUUAGCUGUGUGUAUAUUUUACAUAGUGCUUAAUGCUUCCCAGCUGUGAGAAUUAGCCCAAGAAACACACAGCUCCACACCUGACUACACUCCAGAGAGAAAGAGAGGGAGAGAGAGAGGCUACUGGUUCUGAGUUUCUUUCUUGUUUUAGAGGCAUUUGGAGCUGGCAGAGUUGAAUACUGAUAAAUUUUGACACCACAAGAAGAGGGGUUUAAGGUUCAAGACAGUUUGAACUGUUCCUGCAAAAGAGAAAAGAGAAAGAAACAACCCAUCUUCAUUUCUUGGUCUUCUUGGAUUCAGUAUGGCUGAAUACAUCUGUUUCUACAACAAGGAUACACUUAUCAUUAAGCCUCCCAAAAAGUCUCCGAUAUUCUUAAGGAUGAUAGUCUUGCUUGUGGCGAUGAUUUGCAGUGUUUUCAUCUGCUCGUUCUGUCUUCAACAGAUAAACAACCACAACAAAUCUAAAUUUGUAAAUUUUGAAGUCAUUGUGAGGCCUUGUCAAGAUGAUGUGUUCAAUCACCCUCAACUUCCCUUCUUGACUUACCCAAGACCCAAAACCUUUUGCAGGGCGGAGUGUGCUUGUAAUCCUGUACGGUUAUUUGCGAUUCUAUCAUCACAGAGAUCUGGAACUGGAUGGUUUGAGACACUUCUAAAUAGUCAUAUUAAUGUAAGUUCCAAUGGAGAAAUAUUCUCCCAUAAAGAAAGAAGGGAUAAUUUUUCUUCUAUUGUGAAAACUCUGGACAGAGUCUACAAUUUGGACUGGUUUACCAGUGCUUCCAAGAAUCAGUGUUCAGCUGCCAUUGGCUUCAAAUGGAUGCUAAAUCAGGGCUUGUUGGAGAAUCAUAAAGAAAUUGUUGAGUACUUCAACAGCAAGGGUGUAUCGGUAAUACUUCUUUUCCGAAGAAAUACAUUGCGUCGAAUGGUCUCGAUGCUCGCAAAUUCAUAUGACAGGCAUGCUAAGUUAUUGAAUGGCACCCACAAGUCACAUGUGCAUUCGUUUGAAGAGGCUGAUACACUUUCAAGAUACAGACCAACCAUCAAUUCUAAAACUUUGAUUAACGAUUUAAAACAAAUGGAAUCCACAGUUACUAAGGCGAUAGAGUACUUUAACAGCACUCGGCAUAUUAUCUUGUACUACGAGGAUUUAAUCAAGAACAGCACUAAACUGGACGAAGUUCAGAAGUUUCUAGGACUGCCUCGAAUGAACUUGACAAGCCACCAGGUUAAGAUACACAGAGGACCAUUGUGGGAACACAUUGAGAACUGGGAUGAUGUCAACAAGACGCUUGGGGGCACGACUUAUGAGAGCUUUCUAAGUAUCGACUAUUAAAGCCGCUCCUAACCUCUCCAUUAUGCAAUAUAUUGGUUGCCUAGCAGAGAGGUGGGAUUGCUUUAGGAGGCUUUUCUUUUUCACGCAAUCUUAACGUAGUAAUACUCGAAGGAGUACUUCAACUGAUUCUUACCGGGGAGAAAGCUAACGUAGAUACAGGCCUCCUCAGCAUCACUGUGGAUGGCAAGUUUUAGUUUUUCCUUUAUUUCUAGUCCAAAUGUGUCUUUGUUUGAUCAGUUUAUUUGUUUCUCAUUACGGUAGAUUAAUAGGCUGUAGUCUGUAGAUACUAACAUUAGAACGUUGCAAGGCCAGUUCCUGUUAUUUACAUGCAAUGGUGAUGAAUUUUACGUCUA